UAAGGAAGUGCUUUGAUCCGCAGUGUUAGCGCAGACAGGUGACCGUGCGAGACUCGUCACCGAUCGGUUACUCUGUAAUAAUAAGAUAAAAUUAUUCAGUAUAUUUUGAUACAUUUAAUUGAACGUGUGUUUAUUUUUUACAUAAUCUGGUAUUUAAAACAUUAAUUUACGACUCAAAUUUGUUUAAAGUUUUAUUUGUGCGAACAUAUAAUUUUGUUGUUCGGUUUGGUGAACAUUUUUUUUUGUGUUACUUCUUGAUAAAGGAUUUUAUAUCGUUUGUGCUGGAAUAUGUGCACAUAGGAUAACUCAAAUAUAGCAAAGAAAUAUCAAGCGGUCUAUCGUUGUCGACAAUUUAUGGAGGACCUGUGAACGCGUUCACCAGCAGCCACAAUGAGACAGGAAACGCCACCCAUGGACACCGACUUACCUUUAGACUUCAACUCUAUCAAAGAAGAGGAAUUCGACAAAUUCGUCGACUACAUCGUACUGGACCAACCUCCAGAUCCCAACAACCCAAACAGAGCAGAAAGCUCAUUGCCUAGGAAUCUUAAACUAAAAAAAAUCGGCAAGAAAAUCACCGGCGUCAAAAGCGCAAUAUACAUUCCUCUGGGCACGAGGUUUGGCCCUUUGGUCGGAGAAGUGUGCGUCAAAGAACAUGCGCCAAACGGAAAGAGGAAAUACUUCUGGAGGGUACAACUUAUGCUAGAGCGAGACAAUUUCUGGCGGACGAUUCGCCAACAGAUCUAUAAAGAGAACAAACCGUUUUAUUACAUAAACACUUAUGAUGAGACCAAAUCGAAUUGGAUGCGAUACGUUAGUGCACCGUAUUCGCCUCAAUCUCAAAACCUGAUCGCCUGCCAAUGUGGGACCGAUAUAUUUUUCUACACUAUACGCCCUAUUUAUCCUAACGAAGAACUGUUAGUAUGGUACUGCCGCGAGUUUGCUGAAAGGUUGAACUAUCCAUCAAGUGUGGAACAAAUGAUACAAAAAAUGCAAGGAAAAAUUCAAAUUUCCACUUCUCCUACUAUGCAAAUGAUCGCUGACGGUCCGGAUACAGUAACUUCGUCGUCAACGCCACCCACACCUCCACCCCAAAUUACGGAUAGUGCGGAUGUAGUGCUCAAGACCGUCAAUCGAGUUCAUUGGCAAGACGACGACAUGCGCAACGAAUUUGACAAGGCUAUGACCAACAACGAAACGUCUAUGCGUCGAGUCCUCAUCAGUCCUAUGAAAGAUUACGGAGAUGUUGUCCACUCGGAUGUGCUUAGACUUGAUGGUCUGCGAUUAAGACCAAUAGACGAUGAGGUUAAGACCCAAGGAUAUGCUCAAUCUAACUCAGUGCGGUCUGACGAAGGAUAUCACAGUCAUACGUAUCAUGACGAUGCGCCCACGCCUCCCGAUCAUCUGUCUGACUCUGAUGACAAUUCUAAUUGUAUAUUAGAUUAUAGCAAAAAGUCAAAAAUAACAAAAGCUGACGAAGAAGCUGCUGUUGAAGUGGAAACCAACGAAUUUCUCAAGGUGAAAAUUAAGCUGCGUAAGGCGUCGCAAUAUCGCAAAGACCCAGAACAGCCGCACAAAGAACUGACACCAUCACCUGUUGCAUCUGAACCUGUCGCCGUCGUUAGGCCAACGUCACCAAAACGUUACGCCGAACCAUCUUCGUCUAGCGCUUUGACUGAUUCUGUCGAGUCACAGCCAAAAAAACUUAAGUACGACCAACCUGUCGUCAUACAGCCGCCUUCAGUCAUAUAUUCGUACCCGCGAGACCAAAAAUCUCUACUAGAAAACUUGUUGCUUCAAACCAAAGAGGACCAACAGUCAUCCAACACUGGUCAGCCAAUAACCGUAUCGUCGCCGCCUCUUCAGUCACAGCAACAGCAGCAGAUGCCCAUUGACGUACCUUACGUACAGCGUUAUGUAAAUGCAUCGGUCAGCCCCGACUCGUCGACCAAAGGAUUAUCACCAGCAAUGUCGCCACCGUUGCACCAGAUGCACCGAAGUCCACCGCAUUCGCUACUCAUGUACUCGUCGUCAGCUAACCAACAAUUACACUACAUGCCGUAUCAAUCGCACUUGUUCCCUCCUCAAAACGGUGGUGGUUAUCAGUGUCAUUAUCCGAGCAGCCAUCCCGUAGAGUCAAGCGCUGGCAGUCCACCAGCAGGCUCUAUGUCUCCUGACGACGUUUCACCAUGUGGAAGUCCGGGCAGUUCGGGAAAUUCACGUGGUUACCGGUCCCUACCAUACCCGAUAAGCAAGAAAAACGGAAAAAUGCAUUACGAGUGUAACGUUUGUCGCAAGACAUUUGGCCAGCUGUCCAAUUUAAAAGUGCAUCUGAGAACGCAUUCUGGUGAGAGACCAUUCAAGUGUAAGACGUGCGGUAAAAGUUUUACACAAUUGGCACAUCUACAAAAGCACAACUACGUCCACACCGGAGAACGACCACAUGAAUGCGACGUGUGCCAGAAAAGAUUCAGCUCUACUUCAAACUUAAAGACUCACUCUAGACUGCACACCGGAGAUAAACCGUUCGUGUGUGAGAUUUGCUCAUCUACAUUCACUCAAUUAGUCCACCUAAAACUGCAUAAGCGUAUUCAUACAAACGAGAGGCCGUUCACUUGCCAGUGUUGUCAGAAAUCGUAUAUUAGUGCCAGCGGACUGAGAACCCAUUGGAAGACCACAUCGUGCAGGCCACAAUACGCGGGCGGUAAAGACGAAGUCUUGUCCGAACCAAGAAACAGCCCGGAGUACCACCACCAGUCUUACCACACAGGCAACGUCGGUUUCCCAAACGGCAGCAUGAUGACCGAACACGUGGACGACAGUAAUCAAAAUAACGUAUUCAGGAGCUCUGACAAACAACACGACGACGACAGCGACAUGUACGCUCACCUUCGACCACAUCACCACCUUCACCACCAGCAACCCAUCACCGCCGGUGUACAACCUGAAGAAAUACAACGACCCUCUGUGAUCGAACAAAGGCACUUUAUUGAGUGCACGUAAUCGACACGCACGUCUGGAACCGAAAUCUUUAUGCGCAAUAAUUGCAACCUUUUUCAUUUGGUCGUUCAGUUACGAGAAAAAUGUCAGCCAUCUCAACUGUUAUACCGCGAUGACGUAAUUUAAUGUAACUCGAUAAGCUCAAAGAAGCCAAAUAUUAACUAUUUAUAAUAUCUUAUUUAUUUUUAAACGAAAAACCUAAUCGAAAUUAAAAAUAAUACAAAACUAUGAUAAGUUUAUAGAGUAAACCGUUGGCCUUGUAAACUAAUGGAAUGCGUUUUGGGACUUUUUAUUUGGCAAAAUAUAUAUAUAUAUAUAUUAUUUUAUUGUUAAAAUUUAGUUGUAUCGAAAGAGUUGACCGUCACAUUUAUAUUUAUUUAAUUUUAAUAAUUCGAUACCGCGACGAUGACAACGGUUUAUUUUUUUAUCGACUAGUUUUUAGCUUACUCGACGUAAAGUAAUUGAUAUUGUCAGAAAAUGUAUGGGCCAGUAGAUUUUAAGUUAGGACUGUUCAUUAGUUUACAUAUGUCAAUGACGUAAACUGUAUUUGAGUUUUUAUUUAUUUAUUUAUUAUUUUUUAGCGGUCAAUUUAUAGACUUAGCGAAAUGUACUGAUUGUUAAUUUGUAUAAACAUUUUAGUUUUGUACUACAAAAAAAAAAAAAAAAUCACAGAGGUUAUAAAUUAAUGUUCCUAAUUUUGUUUCGAAUUUUUUCUAUUAUGUAGACUGUAUAAUGUAAAAAAAAAAAUAAUUACGAUAUGCGUACAAUUUGAUAUUAUGAAUUGUCUAUGCAUAAUGAAUUAUAUAAUGUGACGCGUGCAUAGGAAUAUUAUACACUAAUAUUAGCUUGCGUUUUUUAUAUAAGUAUCAUAUUUUGUUAUGUUGAUCUCAGUUGUUUUGUAGAUAAUGAUUGUGUUUUGAAUAUAAUUUGAUGGGAAUUUUGGUUGUAAUAAUAAUGAUUAUUAUAUUAUAUUAUACAUAUAUAUAUAUAUAUUUAUACUUGUGAUUUGAUCGUCAUAGUGAGGGCACUAAUUAAUAAUUGUUGCUAAAGUUAAUUUUUCCUUUUCAGUUUUAUCUAAACAAAACGCAUGCUUAAAUUAAAAAAACUGUAGUUUUGUAAUAUUAUUAUAUUCGAACUGUUAUUUUACCUGUACGAUACAUAAAUUAUACGUUAAAUGAGACAA